UUACGUAUUUUGUUUUUUUCUGUUUUGUCAAAACAAUAAAUUUGUUGGAAAAAUCUUAUCAAAAAGUGAAAAAAGGAAAUUUUUUAAAUUAAUAAUUAUUAAAAAUGGUUUAUAUACAUUUUCCUUCUAAUCUAACCGAAGAAGAACAUAUGCUUCAAGCUAAAUAUCAAAAACUUAAGAAAAAGAAAAAAGCUCUACAAUUGAUGAAAGCCCCCAAACAAGAACCGGAAAAGCCGACAUUAAAACGUCCCACAGAUGCUCGUGAUGCUAGGGAGGUGGCACGCAAACUUAUCAAAAGUGGCGCUAUACCGGCAAUACAAAAACAACAAACCAAACAAGAUCAGACUUCAUUUAAACGUCCCAAGGGUCAGGAGAGAAAACGACCAAUACCAGAAACUUCAGUGGCCGCUUAUCAGCCAUUCUCUUCCACACAAAAUGAUGUGGCCCAAGAAACAAUUAUAAGUGAAAUUAUUAAAGAAGAACCACGUAUGCAAAAUUUAUAUCAACAUUUUGCCACGGAACGUGAUCGUGAGGAGCGCGGCUUAAAUGAUAAAAGUCCUUUGGAUCCCAGUCAGGGAGAUAAGCCACGGGCUGGUAAUACAAUAUUUGUUUCGGGUAAUAAAGUAACGGAGGACUACUUAAAGAAGACUUUCAAUGAUUACGGCACUAUUGUCAAUGUUUCCAUGGAAAUUGAAAAGGGACGUGGUUUUGUUACUUUUGCUAAACCCGAAUCAGCCGAUAGAGCUAUAGCCGAAAUGCAUGGCAAAAAUGUAAAUGGCAUUAGUCUUCAGGUGCAGUUGGCUCGACGUCAACCACAAAUUGAACCAAUAAAUGAUGCUUCAUCCUCAGCUGUAUGGUCUUCUAUAGCUGCCAGUAAAUCUCAAAAAGGCAGCCACAAAGACAGACGUGAAAUGGUUCAAUACGAUGAAGACUUUUUACUAUAAUGAAAUAUAUCUUUAGUCCGUAGCGUUCAUUUAAUCUAAAAAUCUCAUAAUCAUUUUACAACAUAACAUUCAUCAUCAAUUCAAGAUUAAUAUUAUCCAACAAUUCAAGAUUAAUAAUGAAAAUUGUUUUAAGAAAGAACAAGGUAAUGAUUUUUUUAUUUUUAUUAUUUAAUUUUUAUUUUUUGGAUGCAAAUUUACCAACCAAUAAUGAAACAAAGAACUGACAUGGUGUAAUUUUUGGGGGUUUGUUUCGAUGUAUUUUUCACAAAAUCUCAAAACAACGUACAUAUGUAGGUAAUGGAACAGUUUAAUCGAAACGAAUUUAUUACAAAAAAUUUCUUAACAAAUAAAAAUAAAAAAGUAAUAUAAUCAUUAUCAUGGUUGGACAUGUGGACUCUCCACGUAAAGAUCUAUACACUCUAACAGGUUCAUCGCUGUGUAAUUAACUUAAAUUUAUACUACGACGCCAUCUAUCUAUCUAUAAAUUAGGCAAUAGUUCAUUUGGAGAAAAUCUAAAUUUUUGUUAUUU